AUGUCCGCGAAGGUCUCGUCCUCCGCCGCGUUGAACAGCAACUGCGUCUCCAGGUCCGCCGGCGCCAACCUGUACAUGGCGGCAAUCAGGGAAUCCUCGCUGACCUUGCACGGCUGCCCGUCUCGGUCCGUGAACUCUUCGUACUGGCGCUUCCUCAUCAGCCAGUCCUCGAGAGCCUGCCCGAGCUUGUCGAUGCUCUCCACUUUGUCUGGGUUCUGCACCUUGCCGAGAAUCACGACCCGGCGCAUCGCCGACGUGGGGUCGUACUCGGCGUGGAGACGGCGCCAGGCUUCUAGCCCUUGGUGCUGCCCGGCGUUCCUGACGACCUUGUUGGCGCUGUGCGUCGUGAACGACACGAGGUACGUGUACAGGUUGGCCGCCUUCGCCUCCAAGUCCACGAUGCCCUCGCCGAAGGCGUCCAUGAAGUUCACGCUGUCCCCGUCCCCGUCGUUCGUGAUUUUCUUCCGCUGGGACGCCGCCCACUUUAGGGCAGCAGUGAAGUCCGGGCCGAACUUCGCCGACAUGAAGCACACGACCUUGUGCGCCCACUCCUGGAACUCGCUCUCCUCCUUCCCGGAAAACUUUCCUGGCUGUCCUACUCCCUUCGCGUCGAUGAUCUCGUUCCCGCCGCGGUUCGCAACGCGGAGGGCCAACUCCAGGGACCGCGGCCUGCGUCUCGCGGCGGGCGUCGGCGAGCUGCGUCGCGAGCUGCUGCAUCUCCUGCCGGAAUCACAGCCACUGCGCGAGCAGGGCGGGAAGGGCAAUGCGGUAGACCGCACUGAGCUCCCGAGGAUCAUGGCGCUCAGGGUGGCCUCCGCGCUGGCCGGCCUCGCGCUCGCAGAGGCCCUCGCGGGCCAGCAGGCCCAGGAGCUGGACAAGCGCGGGCACAGGGGCGCGCGCGCCGAGAGGGCGGACGCCUCCAGGGCCACCAGGAGACCGACAGGAGUGGGUCCUGCGACUGCAUGA